CCGAUUCAGCUAAAUUACAUUUAGCCCAAACUCUUUAAUAUAUCAAGUUAAGCCUAGACGACUCUCUCUGUAUAUCUCUCUCUCUCUUUUCUGGGGGUUUCUUCUCUCCUUCUACUGCGUCGUCCUCGUCUCUUUCUAGAUGGCGACUGGCAGAUCGGCAAGUAUGCCGUCACGGUUGCGGCAGCUUCUUUCCGGCGAAGGCUCUAUCGGCCCCUCUAUUAGGCUCGACGCUGAGCCUCCUCCUGAGAUCAAAUCGUUUAUUGAGAAAGUAAUCCAGAGUCCACUCUCUGAUAUUGCGAUACCUCUCUCUGGCUUUCGCUGGGAGUACAGUAAGGGCAACUUCCAUCACUGGAGACCUCUUUUUCUCCAUUUUGACAAGUACUUCAAGACCUUUUUAUCAACUAGGAAUGACCUUCUCCUCUCUGAUCACAUUUUGGAAGAUGAGGAUCCCUUUCCCAAGUACUCUCUUCUUCAAAUUCUUCGUGUGAUGCAGAUCAUUCUCGAAAAUUGUCCCAACAAAAGUACCUUUGAUGGUUUAGAGCACUUUAAGCUCCUACUUGCCUCCACAGAUCCAGAGGUUCUCAUUGCAGCCCUGGAAACCCUUUCUGCGCUUGUGAAAAUCAGCUCAUCUAAGCUCCACAGGAGCGGAAAGUUGAUUGGAUGUGGUUCCGUAAACAGCUUCCUUCUCUCUAUUGCCCAGGGCUGGGGUAGCAAAGAGGAGGGUCUGGGUUUGUAUUCCUGCGUUGUCGCUAACGAGAGAAACCAGGAAGAAGGUCUCACCAUCUUUCCUUCCGACUUGGAUAAUAAUCACAAGGAAGCUGAUUUUCGGAUUGGUUCUACUGUUUAUUUUGAGUUGCGUGGACACAGUGCCCAGAGUAUACAUCAUGGUACUAGUAGUGCUAGUUCUUCUUCUUCAAGGGUGAUUCAGAUUCCUGAUUUGCACUUGCGGAAAGAGGAUGAUCUUGUGUUAUUGAAGGAGUGUAUAGAGCAUUACAAUGUUCCCCCGGAGCUCAGGUUCUCUCUACUGACCCGUGUCCGGUAUGCUCAUGCUUUUCGUUCUUCCAGAAUAUGCCGGAGUUAUAGCAGGAUCUGCCUACUUGCGUUUAUUGUACUUGUUCAGUCCAGUGAUGCUCAAGAAGAACUUGCAUCCUUUUUUGCAAACGAACCUGAGUAUACAAAUGAAUUAAUAAGAAUUGUCAGAUCUGAAGAACCAAUCCCCGGAACCAUUAGAACUCUUGCCAUGCUUGCAUUGGGCGCUCAGUUGGCUGUAUACUCCGCCUCUCAUGAUCGAGCCAGGAUUCUAAGCAGAUCUAGCAUCAGUUUCGCCGUAGGCAACAGAAUGAUUCUGCUUAAUGUGCUUCAGAAAGCCGUUCUGUCUUUGAAGAUUUCUAGUGAUCCAUCAUCUAUUGCUUUUGUUGAGGCGCUACUUCAGUUUUAUUUGCUUCACAUUGUUUCAUCAUCGUCAUCUGGAAGCACUAUAAGGGGGUCUGGCAUGGUUCCCACAUUUCUCCCUCUCUUGGAGUAUACUGAUCCGAGUCACCUGCAUCUUGUGUAUUUGGCCGUUAAAGCACUACAGAAGCUCAUGGAUUAUAGCAGUUCUGCAGUUCCUCUACUCCGGGAUCUUGGGGGAGUAGAACUUUUGUCUCAGAGGUUAGAGUUAGAGGUUCAUCACAUUCUUAAGUUGACUGGAGAGAACAACAGUGAUAUGGUGGUUGGUGAAUCGUUAGAUAUAAAUGGUGAUCAGUUGCUCUCCCGAAAGAGACUCAUCAAGGUUCUUUUGAAGUCUCUUGGUUCUUCUACGUAUACUCCUGGAAAUGCAAAUAGGUCUCAAAGUUCUCAGGAGAGUACGUUGCCUGCCACUUUGUCUUUGAUAUACAGGAAUACAGAUAAAUUUGGUGGCGAUAUCUAUUACUCAGCUGUGACGGUUAUGAGUGAUUUAAUCCACAAAGACCCCACAUCUCUUACUUCCCUGUUUGAAAUGGGCCUCCCUGAAGCAUUUCUGUCUUCAGUUGUAUCAGGAGUACUUCCUUCUUCCAAGGCUAUUGCAUGCAUUCCAAAUGGCCUCGGUGCAAUAUCUCUUAAUAGCAAAGGUUUGGAGACGGUAAAAGAAACUUCGGCACUGCGCUUCCUUGUUGAUGUCUUUACUUCCAAGAAGUAUGUUCUAGCUAUGAAUGAGGCCAUCGUUCCGUUUACAAAUGCCGUGGAAGAGCUUUUGCGUCAUGUCUCAUCUCUAAGAGCCACCGGUGUUGAAAUAAUCAUUGAAAUUGUGGAUAGAAUUGCAUGCUUUGGAGAGAGUGGUUCUUCAUCAUCCUCUGUAAGUACUGCAAUGGAAAUGGAUUCAGAUGUGAAGAACAUAAAUGGCGUCAGCCAUGAGCAGUUUGUUCAACUCUGCAUCUUUCAUCUGAUAAUUCUGCUCCACAGAACAAUGGAGAAUGCUGAGACUUCUCGUCUCUUUGUGGAGAAGUCUGGCAUUGAGGCGUUACUUAAGCUUCUCUUGCGACCUAGCAUUGCUCAGUCUUCUGAAGGGGUGUCUAUUGCCUUGCACAGCACCAUUGUUUUUAAGGGUUUUACGCAGCAUCACUCUGCUUCUCUUGCUCGGGCCUUUUGCUCUUCUCUGCGUGAUCAGGUGAAGAAAGCUUUAGGAGGACUGCAAGAUCUCUCGGGGACAUUCUUACUUGAUCGAAAACUUUCUCCAAGCUGUGGAAUUUUUUCUUCUCUUUUCCUUGUGGAGUUUCUUCUGUUUCUAGCUGCAUCAAAGGAUAACCGUUGGAUGACAGCAUUGCUUUCGGAGUUUGCAAAUGGAAGCAAGGAUGUUCUGGAGAAUAUAGGCCUUUUGCACCGUGAAAUUCUAUGGCAUAUAGCAGUUUACGAGAGUGGAACGCUGGAAAGUCCAAAUACUUCUCCCGAGUCAGAGCAAACAGAGCUGUCUUCAAAUGGAACGGAAGGACAAAGGUUCAGUUCUUUUAGACAGUUUCUGGAUCCAUUAUUUCAGAGGAGAACGUCAGGAUGGAGCGCAGAAUCGCAAUUCUUUGAUUUAAUAAAUCUUUACCGUGAUCUUGGACGUGCAUCGACUGGAUUUCAACCCCGACCAAUCAUUGAUGGUCCCUCUAGUUCAUCAGACGCUUCUGGUAACAGAGAGCUUGAAAGAGAUGGAUCCUAUUAUACAUCAUGCUGUGACAUGGUGAAGUCAUUGUCCUUCCACAUCACAUACAUAUUCCAAGAGUUAGGGAAGGCAAUGCUGCUCCAAUCUCGUCGGAGAGAAGAUACAGUAAAUGUAUCUCCGUCUUCUAAGUUAGUUGCCUCAAGUUUUGCUUCAAUAUCCCUUGAUCACUUGAAUUUUGAAGGCCAUGAGAUUGCAGCCGAGGCAUCAAGGUCAACUAAAUGUCUCUACCUUGGCAAGGUUGUUGACUUCAUCGAUGCUGUCCUUCUUGACAGGCCUGAUUCGUGUAAUCCUGUUCUGAUAAAUUGCUUUUAUGGCCGCGGGGUGAUUCAGACGGUUUUGACAACAUUUGAUGCUACUAGCCAGCUUUUAUUUUCAAUUAAUAGGAGCUACUCGUCUCCGAUGGAGACUGAUGAUGUUAAAGGAAAGCAGGAUGAAAAGGAAGACACAGAUCAUGCCUGGAUAUAUGGUCCGCUGGCUGGCUACGGGAAGCUCAUGGACCAUUUGGUUACGUCAUCGUUUAUCUUAUCUCCAUCCACAAAACACUUGCUCGUUCAACCAGUAGAAAAUGGGAAUAUUCCAUUUCCACAAGAUGCUGAGACAUUUGUGAAGAUCCUGCAGUCCAUUGUGUUGAAAGCUGUACUUCCGGUUUGGACUCAUCCACUAUUUACGGAAUGUAGUUAUGAUUUCGUCACUGCCCUCAUUUCCAUCAUCAAGCAUGUGUAUUCUGGAGUUGAACUGAAAAGCUUAGCUGGCAGUAGUAGCGCUCGUGUAACAGGUCCACCUCCCAGUGAAACAACCAUUUCAACAAUUGUGGAGAUGGGGUUCUCCAGAUCCAGAGCCGAAGAAGCUUUGAGACAGGUUGGAUCGAACAGUGUUGAGUUAGCCAUGGAAUGGCUGUUUUCCCACCCAGAAGAAAUCCAAGAGGACGAUGAGCUUGCUCGUGCUCUUGCAAUGUCCCUUGGAAAUUCUGAAUCAGAUACAAAGGAGAAUGUUGUAGAUGAAACUCGAGAACAGAUUGAAGCAGAAAUAGUCUCGCUGCCACCAGUUGAAGAGCUUAUAACAACAUGUACGAAGCUUCUGCAGAUGAAAGAGCCCCUUGCUUUUCCCGUUAGAGACUUGCUUGUAUUGAUAUGCUCAGAAAACAAUGGAGAACACCGAUCUGGUGUUAUAUCUUGCCUUCUUAGCCGGAUUAAGGAUUGUUGUCCUGUCUUCGAUGACACAAAGAACAAUCUACUCUCUGCUCUGUUGCAUGUUCUUGCUUUGAUUCUACAUGAAGACGCAGGUUCCCGGGAAGUUGCGCUGAAGGCGGGUAUUGUAAGACUUGUGUGCGAUGUACUCUCAAAGUGGGAUUCUGGUAGUAUUGAUAAGGAAAAGUAUAAUGUUCCAAAGUGGGUGACGACAGGGUUUCUUGCCAUUGAUAGGCUGCUACAAGUGGACCAGAAAUUAAAUACUGAGCUUAUAGAGGAGUUGCAAAAAGGUGAGACAUCUCUGGCCAUUGAUGAGAGCAAACAAGAUAAGCUGCAAUCUGUUUUUGGCUCGCCACAGCUUGUUGAUGCUGACGAUCAGAAGAAGUUGAUUGAGAUUGCUUGUACAUGUAUCCGGAAUCAGCUUCCUUCUGAAACUAUGCAUGCUGUUUUACAACUGUGUUCUACAUUGACAAGGAAGCAUUCUGUUGCUGUCUGCUUUCUUGAUUUUGGAGGUGUGCAAGGACUGCUUUCUCUGCCGAGUAAUAGUCUUUUUCCAGGGUUUGACUCAGUUGCUGCUAGUAUCAUCCGUCAUAUUCUUGAAGACCCCCAAACGCUUCAGCAAGCCAUGGAAUCUGAGAUAAAACAUGCUCUUGCAACACUUUCCAACAGGCACUCAAAUCAGAGAAUCUCUCCACGCAAUUUUUUGUUGCAUGUGAAUUCUGUAAUUGCUCGGGAUCCAGUCACUUUUAUCCAGGCCGCUCGUUCUAUAUGCCAAGUAGAGAUGGUUGGUGAAAGACCUUACAUCGUGUUAGUCAAAGAAAAAGAGAAAUCAAAAGACAAAGAGAAGGAUAAGGAUAAGGACAGAGCUGACAAAGAGAAAUCUCAGACUUCUAAUGAAGUUGCAACUACCACUCCCCCUGGGAGCACCAAGGCUAAAGUUUACCGGAAACCUCCUCAGUCGUUCAUUGGUGUCGUUGAGCUGCUUCUGGAUUCUCUCUGUAAUUUCGUUCCUCCUCCAAAAGAUGACAUGGUUGAAGGUGAUUCUACUUCAGCAGACAUGGAUAUUGAUCAUGCCUCUACUAAGGGAAAAGGCAAAGCGGUUGCUACCACACCUGAAGAAAAGAAAGCUAUUUCACAGGACAUGUCAGCUUCAUUGGCUAAAAUUGUUUUCAUUCUGAAGCUUUUGAGUGAGAUACUGUUCAUGUAUUCUUCGUCAAUCCAUAUAAUACUUCGAAGAGAUGCUGAAAUUAACAGUCUUAGAGGUCCUCAACAGAAGGGGGGUCAAGUUGGUGGAAUAUUUCAUCAUAUUCUUCACAAGUUUAUUCCAUACUCACGGGUGAAGAAGGAAAAGAAAUCUGAGAGUGAUUGGCGGCAAAAGCUGGCAAGUAGGGCUAAUCAGUUUUUAGUGGGUGCAUCUGUUAGAUCAGCUGAAGCAAGGAAGAGGAUAUUUUCUGACAUUAGCAGUAUCUUCAAUGACUUCAUAGGUACCUCCAAUGGGCUUAGACCUCCAGUUAAUGAAAUACACAUUUUGAUAGAUUUGUUGAGUGAUAUGCUCUCUGCUCGGUCACCUACUGGAUCACAUAUAUCUUCAGAAGCUUCGAAUACUUUUGUUGAUGUUGGAUUGGUUAAGUCUCUUACUCGUACUCUUGAAGUGUUGGACUUGGACAACGUAGAAUCUCCCAAAACUGUAACAGGAAUCAUAAAAGUUUUGGAGUUGGUGACUAAGGAGCAUGCCCAUUCUGCUGAUUCGAACUCGAAGAAUGAAAAUGCGAACAAGUCAUCUGAUCAAAUUCAAUCAGGAAGAGGAGAUACUACUGCUGAUGCAUCUGAAGCAGGGGAAAUUAUGCUGCGGUCGAAUCAUGAUUCCAUGACAGCUGAUCAUGCGGAGAAUUUUGGCGGUUCCCACACUUUUGUUGGUUCAGAAGAUGUGACAGAUGACAUGGAGCAUGAUCAAGACUUGGAUGAAGGAUUUGCCGCAGGUGGGGAUGAUUAUAUGCAAGAAGCAGCUGAGGAUGCUAGGGGGUUGGAAAACGGGAUUGGGUCGAUGGGUAUAGAGUUUGAGAUGCAUACCCACGUGCCGGAAAAUCUUGAUGAAGAGGAAGACGAAGAGAUGUCUGGUGAUGAGGGUGACGAAAUAGAUGAGGAUGAAAACGAUAAUGAAGAAGAAGACGAGGAGGACAAUGACUUGGAAGAAGAAGAAGAAGAAGAUGUACAUCACCUGCCUCAUCAUGACACAGAUCAAGAUGAUCAUGAGCUUGAGGAUGAUGAAUUUGAAGAGGAAAUACUGGUUGAAGAGGAUGAAGAGGACGAAGAUGAUGAAGAUCGGGUAAUUCUCAGGUUUGAGGAUGGAAUCAAUGGGCUAAACGUUCUUGAUCAUUUGGAGGUUCUUAGAGAUCAUAGAUUUUCUGAUGAAACACUUCAUGUAAUGCCUGUUGAAGUUUUUGGCUCGAGACGUCAAGGACGAACAACUUCUAUUUACAGCCUUCUUGGCAGAACUGGGGAUGGUGCUACUCCUUCACAGCAUCCUCUUUUAUCGGGAUCUCCAUCACUUCCAGUGUCGCAAAGUCAAACAGAAAGCACACAUGAUCAUACUGUUGGAGGUAGGGAUUCCAACGGUAGUUCUUCGUCACGGCUGGAUGCUAUAUUCCGAUCUUUGAGGAAUGGCCGGCAGGGGCAUCGUUUGAAUUUAUGGGCUGAUGACAGCCAGCAAAUUGUUGGAUCUGGCGCUUCUACCGUACCACAAGGCCUUGAAGAUUUGCUGGUAUCUCAGUUGAGACGUCCCGGCUCUGAUAAUCCUUCUGAUCAGAAUCCAUCACCUUUGGAACCCCAGUCACAGGCCGAGAGUGGGCAGCCCCAGGAGGCAACUGUCAGACCUGAAAUUCCAGAUGAAAACGCCACUGGUAAUGGAGGUGCCAAUGUGUCUGCUCCCUCUAUCGUUUCGCCAGUUGCAUCUGCUCCCCCGGAUACACGAGCCACUGCUACUGAUUCGGUCUCAAGCUCGCGGUCUCAGUCAGUUGAAAUGCAAUAUGAUCCAAAUGAUUCAACUGUUCGGGAUGUUGAAGCGGUGAGUCAAGAAAGCGGUGGGAGUGGGGCAACCUUGGGUGAAAGCCUUAGGAGUUUGGAUGUUGAGAUCGGAAGUGCUGAUGGACAUGAUGAUGGUGCAGAAAGGCAUGAUGUACAGCCAGCUAUGCGCUCAAGAAGAGCAAAUUUGUCAGUUGUGCCAUCUUCAACUGGGCGAGAAGCUUCUCUUUAUAGUGUAACUGAGGUUCCUGAGAACUCCGGUCACGAGGCUGAGCAGGAUAAUCCACCAGAGGAGCAACCAGUUAACAGGGAUGUUGCUUCUAGUUCUAUUGAUCCUGCGUUUUUAGAUGCCCUACCUGAGGGACUGCGAGCUGAAGUCCUUUCAGCUCAGCAAGGACAAGCGCCAGAACCUUCUAGCAAUGAACAGCAGAAUUCUGGAGAUAUUGAUCCGGAGUUUCUUGCUGCACUUCCUGCUGAUAUCCGAGCUGAAGUUCUGGCACAGCAACAAGCACAACGGGUUCAUCAGUCUCAUGAGCUUGAAGGUCAGCCUGUUGAGAUGGACACCGUUUCAAUAAUUGCAACGUUUCCUUCGGAGUUGCGAGAAGAGGUGUUGCUUACGUCAGAUGAUGCCGUUCUUGCAAAUUUAACACCUGCACUGGUUGCGGAAGCAAACAUGUUGCGUGAAAGGUUUGCUCAUCGAUACCAUAACCGUGCACUUUUUGGUAUGCAUCCAAGACAUCGUAGAGGGGAGGCAUCCAGGCGAGGUGAAGGUGUCAUAUCUGGAAAUGAGGGGAUUGCUUCUCGUAGGUCUGCUGCAAAGGUUAUAGAGGCCGCUGGAGCUCCCCUAGUUAACACUGAGGCACUCCAAGCAAUGAUUCGUGUUCUUCGGAUAGUUCAGCCUCUUUACAAGGGUCCUCUGCAGAGGCUUUUGCUGAAUUUAUGUUCUCAUGGCGAAACAAGGUUUUCCUUGGUUAAUACAUUCAUGGAUAUGCUGAUGCUCGACACAAGGAAGCCUGUUAACUACUCGAGUGUUUCCGAACCACCUUAUCGUCUUUAUGCUUGUCAAAGCAAUGUAACAUAUUCACGUCCUCAGCACUUUGAUGGGGUUCCUCCUCUAGUGUCUCGGCGUGUCCUUGAGACUUUGACAUAUUUGGCACGAAAUCAUAUAUACGUAGCAAAGAUUCUGCUUCAAUCCAGGCUUUCCCUGCCUUCCCUUCAAGGUUCAGUACCCUCAGACAAGGCACGUGGAAAAGCUGUUGUAGUAAGUGAUGAUCACAUGAGCAGAACGCAGCAGGAACCCGAAUCUGUAGCCUUUGCGUUGCUUCUAAGCCUCUUGAAUCAGCCCCUUUAUUUGAGAAGUGUGGCUCAUCUUGAACAGCUGCUGAACUUACUGGAGGUCAUCAUUGACAACGCUGAACGAAAGUCUGAGUCAGCUGACGGAUCAGAUGGGUCUGCCAGCGAGCAGCAAUCAACGCAUCAAGCAUUAGAAGUUGAAAACAAUGCAGAAAACCACGAUAUGGUAUCUGGCACUGCUGGUACAGUGACCAAGCCAAUUGUCUCAUCUGGAAGUUCGUCCUACAGAGCAGAGAGUGAAUGUGAUGUUCAUACUGUGUUGCUUAAUCUUCCCCAGUCAGAGCUGUGUCUGCUUUGUUCAUUACUUGCACGUGAAGGUUUGUCAGAUAAUGCAUACACCCUUGUAGCGGAGGUGCUGAAAAAACUUGUGGCCAUUGCUCCAAGCCAUUGUCAUUUGUUUAUCACAGAGCUUGCAAACGCAAUACAGAACCUGACAAGAUCAGCGAUCAGUGAACUUCACAUGUUCGGUGAAGCCGUAAAAACGCUUCUAAGUACCACGUCAUCAGAUGGAUCAGGAGUACUGAGGGUUUUGCAGGCAUUAAGCUCCCUCGUUGAUUCGUUGUUAAUCACAAAAGAGAAGAAUUCCGAAGAGCAUGUUGCUGUGUUUUGUCAGCUAUCGAACAUCAAUUUAGCUUUGGAACCUCUGUGGCUGGAGUUGAGCAAUUGCAUAUGCAAAAUAGAGGGGCAUUCUGAUUCUGCUUCUGCUUCUGCUUCUACGACGUCUCCAACAACCUCGACGAGUUCAGCAACAACAAGGGGAGCUGGAGUAAGCCAAUCACUUCCUGCUGGUGCCCAAAACAUGUUGCCUUAUGUAGAGUCGUUUUUUGUUACCUGUGAGAAAUUGCAUCCAUCAUCACAGUCUUGUGAUAUCUCGGUUCCCAUGGCGGCUUCUGAUGUUGAGGAGCAGCCCAAGGGCCCAGGACCAAGCAGCAGCUCCAAGGUGGAUGAGAAAUACGGUUCUUUUAUAAAGUUUUCUGAAAGGCACAGGAAACUUCUUAAUGCUUUCAUCCGACAAAAUCCUGCUCUGCUUGAGAAGUCCUUUUCGCUAAUGCUCAAGGUUCCACGUUUUAUUGAAUUUGAUAACAAACGUGCAUACUUCAGAUCAAAGAUAAAACACCAGCAUGACCAUCACCAUAGCCCUUUGAGAAUCUCAGUGAGAAGAGCCUACAUUCUUGAAGAUUCAUACAACCAAUUGCGAAUGAGGUCAACUCAAGAACUGAAAGGUAGAUUGACUGUUCACUUCCAAGGAGAAGAAGGUAUUGAUGCUGGUGGGCUUACCAGGGAAUGGUAUCAGCUGUUGUCAAGGGUUAUUUUUGACAAAGGAGCUCUUCUGUUCACAACCGUUGGCAAUGACUCGACUUUCCAACCGAAUCCAAACUCUGUUUACCAGACAGAGCACCUCUCCUACUUCAAAUUCGUUGGCCGGGUGGUUGGAAAAGCUCUGUUUGAUGGUCAACUACUUGACGUCCAUUUCACUCGCUCUUUUUACAAGCAUAUCUUGGGAGUUAAGGUCACGUACCAUGAUAUUGAAGCUAUAGAUCCCGAUUACUAUAAAGCCCUGAAAUGGAUGCUGGAGAAUGAUAUUAGCGAUGUCCUAGAUCUCACUUUUAGCGUUGAUGCUGAUGAGGAAAAGCUAAUACUGUAUGAAAAAACGGAGGUGACUGACCAUGAACUGAUCCCUGGAGGGCGGAACAUUAAAGUCACUGAGGAGAAUAAGCAUGAAUAUGUAGACCUAAUAGCCGAGCAUCGAUUAACCACAGCCAUUCGUCCUCAGAUAAAUGCAUUCCUGGAAGGCUUUAGUGAACUUAUCCUUAAAGAUCUAAUAUCGAUUUUUAACGACAAGGAACUGGAGUUAUUAAUAAGUGGUCUUCCUGAUAUCGACUUGGAUAACCUGAGGGCGAAUACUGAAUAUUCUGGGUAUAGUCCUGGAUCCCCUGUUAUCCAGUGGUUCUGGGAGGUUGUUCAGGGAUUGAGCAAAGAAGACAAAGCCCGUCUAUUGCAGUUUGUGACUGGAACCUCUAAGGUACCUCUGGAAGGAUUUAGUGCCCUUCAAGGAAUUUCAGGGGCACAGAAGUUUCAGAUCCACAAGGCAUAUGGAAGCGCUAAUCACUUGCCGUCUGCUCAUACCUGUUUCAAUCAGUUAGAUCUGCCAGAGUACCCGUCUAAGGAACAUCUGCAGGAGAGGCUGCUGCUUGCAAUCCAUGAAGCAAGUGAAGGAUUCGGAUUUGGUUAAAACAAAAACCAGCUUCCUUUUUUUUUAUUUUGCUAUUUCAUUCUAUACAUAUACCUUUUGGGCAAAACGAAUGAUUUUCUGUAAUUCGCACUCUCUACUCGAACGUCCUUUUAAAAGAGUAUGUUCAAUAGAUAUUUUUAUCCCUUAGUUUGCAGAGAAA